AUGGAUUUCUCCAACUUUACCAACCAAAGUCCAGCACACAAUGAAUUUCGUAGUGACACAUUCACUACCCCUACCUUAUCCAUGAUUCAAUCACUCGCCAAAGCCACUUUGGGUGAUUCAGUCUAUAACGAAGACAAAACUACCAUUGAGUUAGAAGAGAAGGUAGCCAAGAUGACUGGGAAACCAGCUGGGUUAUUCUGCGUCAGUGGAACCCUUUCCAAUCAAAUCGCUAUGAGAGUUAAUUUAAUGCAACCUCCAUAUAGUAUCUUGUGUGAUUAUAGGUCACAUGUUUAUAUUGAUGAGGCAGCAGGAAUGGCAACUUUAUGUCAAGCUAUGCCACAACCUAUCAUACCUAAGAAUGGUAUUUAUUUAACCUUGGAAGAUGAUAUUUUACCAAAUUUUAUUCCUGAUGAUGGAGAAAUUCAUGUUGCUCCUACGAAAUUAAUCUGUUUGGAAAAUACCAAUCAUGGAAUGAUUUUCCCAAUUGAAGAAAUUAAGAAAAUAUCGGAAUUUUGUAAAAAGAAUGAUGUUCGUUUACAUUUAGAUGGAGCCAGAUUAUGGAAUGCUCAUGUAGCUACAGGAAUCCCAUUGGCUGAAUAUUGUCAAUAUUUUGAUAGUGUUUCUCUUUGUCUUUCAAAAACUUUAGGAGCUCCAAUUGGGACUGUUUUAGUUGCCGAUAAAAAAUUUAUUCAAAAGGCUAACCAUUUCAAGAAACAAAAUGGAGGUGGUAUUAGACAAAGUGGAAUUUUAACCAGUAUGGCUAUAACUGCCAUUGAUGAAAAUUUACCAAAAUUAAAACAAACUCAUGAAAGAGCAAAAGAAUUAGGUAAGUUUUGUGAGGAUAAUGGAAUCAUUUUAGAACAUCCAGUUGAAACUAAUAUGGUAUUUGUUGACCUUAAUGCUAACAAGAUUGAUCCUGAAAAAUUUGUUGAAAUUGCAAAGAAACAUGAUGUUAAUAUUUAUUAUGGUAGAAUUGUGUUUCAUUAUCAAAUCUCGGAAGAAAGUUUCCAAAAAUCAAAGAAAGUUGUUUUGGAAGCAAUUCAAUAUGCCAGAGAACAUCCAUUUGAAGGUGGCUCUAUUCAUAAAUAUUAG